GGGGGGGGCGCGCCGCGGCCCCGGGAGGACGGAGGAUGGUGUCCCAGCUGAGCGCCCUGCAACGGGAGCUGCUGGGCGCCCUGCUCAGCUCCGGGGCCACCAAGGAAGGGCUGAUCCGCGCCCUGGAGGACAUGGUGCCCGCCGCCGGGUUCGGCGUCAAGCUGGAGAGCCUCCCGCUGUCUCCCGGCGGGGCCCCCGACGGCAGGGCCGCGCUCCCGGCGCUGGCCAACGGGCACGGCAAGGGCAAGCUCUCGGGCGACGAGGGCUCCGAGGACGGCGACGACUUUGACACGCCGCAGAUCCUCCGCGAGCUGCAGUCGCUCAACACGGAGGAGGCCGUGGAGCAGCGGGCAGAGGUGGAGAGGAUGAUCAGCGAGGACCCGUGGCGGGCGGCGAAGAUGAUCAAGGGCUACAUGCAGCAGCACAACAUCCCACAGAGGGAGGUGGUGGAUGUCACCGGCCUCAACCAGUCCCACCUCUCCCAGCACCUCAACAAGGGCACCCCCAUGAAGACCCAGAAGAGAGCUGCCCUGUACACGUGGUACGUCCGCAAGCAGCGGGAGAUCCUCCGGCAGUUCAACCAGACAGUCCAGGGUUGUGGAAAUGUGACAGACAAAGGCAGUCAGGAUCAGCUGCUGUUUCUCUUUCCAGAGUUCAAUCAGCAGAACCAGGGGGCUGCCCAGCUCGACGACGCCUGCUCUGAAACGCCCAGCAAGAAGAUGCGGCGCAAUCGGUUCAAGUGGGGGCCGGCCUCCCAGCAAAUCUUGUACCAAGCCUACGAGCGCCAGAAGAACCCCAGCAAGGAGGAGCGUGAGACUCUGGUGGAGGAGUGCAACAGGGCCGAGUGUCUGCAGCGAGGAGUGUCCCCCUCCAAGGCACACGGGCUGGGCUCCAACCUGGUCACCGAGGUGCGUGUGUACAACUGGUUUGCCAACCGGCGCAAGGAGGAGGCUUUCCGCCAGAAACUGGCCAUGGAUGCCUACACAGGCCAGCCCCCACACAGCAUGAACCUGCUGCUGUCCCACGGCUCCCCACACCACAACCAGCCCAGCGCCUCCCCGCCCAGCAAAAUGCCAGGGGUCCGGUACAGCCAGGCCAGCGGCGAGGCCGUGUCCUCGGGGGCCAUCAGCCACCACGGCAGCGCUGCCAUGGUCACCACCAGCCAGGCUGUCCUGCAGCAGGUCUCCCCGGCCGGCCUGGACCCGGGCCACGGUUUGCUCUCUCCCGAAGGUAAAAUGCAGAUCUCCGUGUCAGGGGGUGGGCUGCCCCCCGUGAGCACCCUGACCAACAUCCACAGCCUGUCCCACCACAACCCACAGCAGUCCCAGAACCUCAUCAUGACGCCGCUCUCGGGGGUCAUGGCCAUCGCCCAGAGUCUGAACACCUCUCAGGCUCAGAGUGUCCCUGUCAUCAACAGUGUGGCUGGCAGCCUGGCAGCCCUGCAGCCCGUGCAGUUCUCCCAGCAGCUGCACAGCCCCCACCAGCAGCCGCUGAUGCAGCAGUCCCCCGGGCACAUGGCACAGCAGCCCUUCAUGGCCACCGUGACCCAGCUGCAGAACUCACACAUGUAUGCACACAAACAGGAGCCUCCCCAGUAUUCCCACACCUCGCGCUUCCCCUCGGCCAUGGUGGUGACGGACACCAGCAGCAUCAGCACGCUCACCAACAUGUCCUCCAGCAAGCAGUGUCCCCUACAAGCCUGGUGAUGCUCCACACCUCGCUGCUUUUGCACACAUAGCAACGGGAUCCUAUUUUCCACAACAUCCCGGCGGUGAGCUGCGCUC